CAGAGGCAGACGACAGACCUGUGCGCGCCGCCCCACAACUCCGUCGCCGCCGCAGCGGGCUCGCUACUCCGCUUUGCUCCAGCCGAGCACGUCGACGAGGGUGGAGAGCAAUCCGGAGCGGGCGUUCGCCCGCACCUUCUCGUCGCCUCUGUCUCUCGCAGCCAGGGGGCGGGAGGGGAGCAGGAGCCUGGGCGCUGCAGCGGAGCGCCGGAGCAGGCCGUGGGGGGCGUGUGGCGGCUCUACGGAGAAUACUGGAGCCGCUCCCACCACGACCACCUCGCGUUCGUGCCAAUCCGUGACGCCGUCGAGCCCUUCGCCUCCUGCCUCUCUGACCUCUUUCUUCAUCGACUUUAAGGGGCUCGGCUAACAGGAGCAUUUGAUGUAAUCUGGAAGCUGCGACCUAUUAUCUCUCAGCUGGUUCUUUCCAUCGACUUAUCAAGUAAUAUUUCUCCAUGAAGUGUAGUUUAUGCACAGCUCAUUCCUGCUGCUUCUGUUUCUGUAAAUGUAAGGAGGGGUUGGCUUCCCUCGUCUAUGCGCCGGGCAGUCCAAGGGUUCCUGCGGCGAGCCCUUGCAAUCAGGAGCGACCCCCCAGUGUUGCGUCUUUCCUCUCAGGCUUGUUGCUUGAACAGCUCGGAUAAUGACGAGCCCAGUCGGAGUUCUGCUUAUGUUGAUUAUAGAAGCCAGUGUCUGCUUCCCUCGAUCACGCUAGCAGUGCAGACUUCGAACUGGGAUGCUGCCAGAAAUAUAAGCUUCAGGGAGUGUGUGAGAUUAUACGGGCUAUCUCAAUCAAUUGGUCUGUUUGCAUUGCUUGUGCAGUUGUUCUUACCAAGGAGAAUCAGAGAAAUCCGGUGCUUGAUUCAGAGCAUUGUUGAUUAUUGUGGAAAUGCCGGACAGGAGUUGUUUGAGUUGGCUCCUAUGUUGGUCAGUAAAUUGGGUGGGUCAAUGACGGUGUUACAAGUUUAUGCUACAGUCAUCCGGAUUUUUGUAGAGUUGUCAAUGUUUGAGGACGCUCUUCUCACUUACAUUGAGGCCAAAAAGGUUGGUGUCGAGCUACGUUUGUGCAACUUCUUGCUGAAGUGUUUAGUCCAGGGGAAUCAGAUCAUGUAUGCAAGGAGUUUAUUUGCUGACAUGAAGAGUUCCGGUCCUUCACCAAAUGUCUACUCUUAUUCAGUUUUGAUGAGUAUGUAUACACAUGGAGAGAGGUUAUGCUUAGAGGAAGCUUUUGAGCUUCUUCGUGAAAUGGAAACGAAUGAUGUGAGACCGAAUGCUGCGACCUAUGGAACUUACCUCUAUGGGCUUUGCCGUUCCAGACAGGUAACAUCUGCAUGGGACUUUCUCCAAGAUCUUUGUCAGAGAGGGUGCCCUUGCAACACUUAUUGUUUUAAUGCAGUGAUUCAUGGUUUCUGUAGUGAGGGUCAGGUUCACAAAGCCGUAGAAGUGUUUAAUGGGAUGAAGAAAUGUGGGCUGCUGCCAGAUGCUCACAGCUAUAGCAUAUUAGUUGAUGGGUUUUGCAAACAAGGGGAACUAUUGAAAGGUUAUGACAUGCUUGAUGAAAUGGCAAGAAACGGAAUCAGUCCUAACCAUGUAAGUUAUAGUUCAAUUUUGCAUGGUCUUUGCAAGACUGGAAAUGUUAAACUCGCGCUUGGGAUUUUCAAGAGGCUUAAAGACCAAGGUUUCAAGCAUGACCAGAUAAUGUACAGCAUCCUUUUCAAUGGCUGUUGCCAACAUUUAGAUCUAGAUAUCAUCAAUGGUCUUUGGGAAGACAUGAUUCAUCAUGAUUUUGUUCCAGAUGUUUAUGAUUAUACCAAUCUGAUCUAUGCAUUAUGUAGACAUAGAUACCUUAUAGAAGCAUUGGAAGCAUUUGAACUCAUGCUUGAGAAUGGGGUAACUCCCAACAUUGUGACAUGCACAAUCCUAGCUGAUAGCUUUGGCAAAGAAGGGCUGAUAGGUGAGGCCUUCCUAUUUCUUGAUAAAGUACAUCAGUCGCUGGGAAUUGCCCCCAACCUUUUCACAUACAAAGUUAUUAUCAAAGGCCUUUGCAGAAUCAACAAAUCGGAUAAUGUUUGGGAAGUUUUUGCAGACAUGAUAAAAAGGGGAUAUGUUCCUGAUGCUAUCCUCUACAGUAUUAUUAUUGAUGGUUUUGUGAAGGCUUUGGAGUUGCAGGAGGCUUUCAAGCUGUAUCAUAAAAUGUUAGAUGAAGGGAUAAAACCUACUAUUUUUACAUAUACUAGCCUCCUAAAUGGGCUGUGCCAUGAUGAUGGACUUCCUGAGUUUAGGAAAUUAAUGAGGGAUAUGAUUGGGGAGGAACUGGUACUUGACAAGAUUUUGUGCACAUCAAUUAUUGCAUGCUAUUGUCGACGUUCGAAUAUGAAGGCUGCCAUGGAAAUGUACAAAAAAAUGGAAAGCUCUGGUUUAUCACCAGAUGCUUUUGUAUAUACUUGUCUAAUUAGUGGUUUUAGUAAAGUUCGUGCGAUGGAUGGUGCACUCUUGAUGAUGGAAGAAAUGGAGAAAAGGAAUAUUAAACCUACUGUAGUUACAUAUACAGCACUCAUAAUUGGAUACCUUAAAACAGAGGAUGAGAAACUAGCUAUUAAGACGUGCAUAAAUAUGCGUCAGGCAGGCAUUGUUCCAGAUGACAAGCUGAGUUGUAUAUUGGGCCUUGGCAAUGGCAGGGAUGAUUCUGAUUAUUAUUCUCAGAAAGCAAAGGAUGUAACAUAGAUUUUCAAAUAGAGCUUUAUUAACUUAUCAAAGGGCUGCUCUGUGAUGGUGAUGAGCUCACCUAGUGUGGAAAAAUAUUGGCUACACUCUUUUCCUCCACUUCCACACUGCUGUCGGAUGAACAAGGAACAGAAAUGAAGUAACCUGAAAGUGACACUUUAAUCCAUGGACAACACCUGGAGGGUGCGAUCGUUACAGCUUAGGCUUUUGAGAAGCAUCAAGCAUGGUUGUUACUCCAUUUGUCCGGCCUAUUGAUUUAGACUGCAGAGCAAAAACCAACAGCAGUCUAAGGUUGAGUCAUCUGAUUCCUGGAUUGACCAUCAACCAAUCUGGAAGGCACAGAACUCCCUCGAGGUAUACCACCUAAGGUACAGGUUUCAGCUGGACACUGCUGCAUGGUUUCCUGCCAAUUUGGACAUUUUACAUAUGUGGCAUGUAGAGAUCCUGGGAGCUGCGUCACCUGUGGAACAUAGGGCGGAGCCUGGGCCCGUGCUGGGCAUGCUGCAGCCCGGGCUUAGCCCAGCUUGUCCAUUGUGAAUCUGUAGUAUUUAUACUUCGAAACAGUACCAUUCAAGCCUAUAUUUGGUUAAUCUAGCACUUCAUCCAUUGGUCAGCCCCAGGUGGGAGGCCUUUCUGGCUCUGCCCCUGCAUAAGGGGCUACAUCUACAAUGCUUUUGUUAGGAGCACUUAUGCCCCACUGUUUUUGAAGGAGCUGUACACAUACUGAGGUGCAGAAUUUCUCCAUCUACAGCCAAGAUCUUGCUUGAAAGAUAUCCUGGAUGAUAAUUAUUGUUUGGUGCAGAUGUGAGCUGUGUUCCUUCAGAAUGUGGGCAAUCUGGACUGCCAGAAAUGAAAAUGAAGCAUGGCGCGGAGGAGUGUAACCUGCUGUAAGAUGGGUUUGGGAGGCAGCUGCAGACUCUCUGAGGAUAGCAACUAAUCAGCUGUGCCAACCGAAAAUAAGAAGCAAGAAGUGGAAAUGCAGUGGGGACCGCCAAAGAUAGGGGGGUGAAAGUAAAUACAGAUGGGACAUUUUCCUUCACCAGCUCAUACACAGGGGCGACGUAUGUCAUCAUUUGAGAGUGCAGAAGAGGCCCCUCGUAGGCUAAAUCAGGCUAGCAUGAUAAUGUCCUGAUGUGCUAGCGGAGGCGUUGCUCACUUGCAGGAAUGGAUUGCAAGGUGCAUAAUUAGUUGAAUCUGAAUACUGGCGAGGAAGUGGCAUGGACAAGAACUAAAUAAAUCAGAAAUCAGCAUCAUCCUGGAAGAAAUUGAGAUAACCCGGUGUUUUAUUAUUUCAAGAUUUACUUUGUGAAGUCCUUCAAAUAACAUGGUGCGUGCUUGUGCUCAAUAGACAUCGUCAAGCUCCUCAACCCUGUAUUUGAUAACCAUCUUUAUAUUCCCCCAUGUAAUCUGUUUAAUGCUAUAUAAUGAAAGCUGAGCUGGGCCUGUUUCUAAAAGAGAGAAUAUUGAAGUCAAGCUUUUUGCAUGAUCUUGCAUCGAAAAUAUAUAAUAUAUUGAUUA